UUAUUUUUAGUCUGCUAAUAUGUCUAUUCAAGCUAUAAAUGGAGCUGCAACUCUAAUUAACUGUAGAAAAUUUGUUAUAACAACAUACGACUUAUUUACUAGAUAUUUCUUGGAUGAGGAAGAAUUAGAUUUUAAUGAUAUUGUGUCAUUUGGUUCUUCAUUAAUUCUUUUUACAAGUUCCAUAAAUAACAUUGUUAUAACAUCACAAAUUGGAAAAGUUGGUGGUAAUACAUUACGGAGUUUAUUACAAACCAAAGUCAGAGCUGGUCUUACCUUACUAUCGGGAGAAGUGAUAAAACAUGUUGGUCAAAAUGCUGGUAAUUUUGAUCUAAUGCGUUUGGUCAAUGAUAUUCCCUACAAAGAUGUUCUCUACAAUAUACAUACAAUUUAUACAAAUCUAACGAAAUCUGGUUUCUUGGCGACACUUUCGGUUUUAGGUGCCGGUAUAAUGGAGGUAAUACCGGGACUACUUGUACAUGUUGUCAAUAAAGAAAUUACUGAAUUAAAUUUCUUAGAAUUAACUAAACAUUAUGGUUCGAAAUUUGUGCAACAUAUAGCAAAUUCGAAUAAUUUAAUUGAUAUUCUUAAUGGUAUGGGGGUGUAUUUUUCAGCAACUGUUGUACAAUUUCUUUUAAAUCAAACACGUUCGUUUAUUGAAACAACAGUCGAAGAAAUUGAUGUUCAACAGAAUACUUUUCUAACAACUGAAAUGAUCCUAUAUAAAAUGUUUUCAUUUUUAAUUAAAAAUUAUAAAAAUUAUACUUAUGAGUUUUUAGAUACUAAGAGGGAUGACAUUUUAUUGGGUGUAGCGAAAUAUUUUGAAUCGUUAAAUCCAAAACCAAUAGAUGAAAAUCUUAAUAAAUAUAAUUGCGGUAUUUGUGGUGGUUAUUAUUAUGUAGUAGAUAUUUAAAUUUAGGAAAAUAUGUAUUUUUUAAUUUAAGUUUAAUAAUUAUGUAUUAAAAUUUAUUUAAAAUAAGUAUUUGUAAUUGCUUUUUGCACGUGCCUAAGGUAAAUUAAUGAUAAUUUUAUUGUAAUUUAAUUCUAAGUAUUUUUAUAAGGUUUUUUUUAUUGUAAUUAUUUUGUAAUGGUGAUAAUGAUGAUGAUAAUAAUAAUAAUAAUUGUGUAAGUCUUGCAAUUGCAAUUCAAAUCAAA